AUGAUACCAAGGACUAAAGUUACAAUUGCUUGCCAAAAUUGCCAAACUAAAAAAAUUAGAUGUUCAGGCCCGCCAGAAUGUACCAAAUGUCGGGAAAAAAACCAAGUCUGUAAUUUUAUCACUGAGAGAAAGAGGCGUGGUCCUACACCGAGAACAAAACGUGAUGUUAUUGAAUCUUUAGCAACCCGGCGGGCGAAAAUUGGUUAUCAACCUCCUUCGUUUGCUAAUAUUAAACAAAAAAAUUGUGCAAACAUGAGUAAUAUAAUAGAUCUUAAUUUUAUGGGACAUGCAUCUGAAUUAGAGGAUGGACGUAUGUCUCAAGUUUAUUAUCAUGACAAAUUUUUUCGUAAUCAAAAUGAAGUUCGAGGUAUUGAUACUGAAGCAAUACAAUUACAAGUUGGAAAUCACAUGCAUCAUUUAAAUAAUACCGAUAAUGAAAAAAGUACGAAUGUCGAAUUUUUUACCACAAGAGCAAAUUCAUUUUCAUCAUUAAACGAUAGGCCUCAUCAUAAUCCGAGCUUUUUUCCUGAAAAUAUAACAUCUUACAAUAUUCUUUAUGGAAUCAGCAAUAAAAAAGAAUCGAUGGACGAGGCUCCUAUUUAUGAGGUUACUAUUCCAUUUGCACAAAUAUUUGAUUGCGCUCAACGUUGUUCACGUGAACUUGUAAGUGGUAGAGAUUGGACCCGUCCAAAAAAAAAUCCAACCCGGAUGACCCGCCGGGUAAACCCGCGAGUUAUUCAAGUGAUUGACGGGUUGACCCGGGUGGAAAUUUUACCC